GUGGGCAUGGGCAGGGCGAAGAUGUGUGCGACUCAUGGUUGGUCAAUAGGCGUCUCAGGUACACAACGAUACUUGGAAAACGGUUCCAGAUCUGACCAGUGGGCUCAGUGGCGACCACCUGGAAACAGUUGGGCAACCGUGGUCCGACAGAGCACAGUGGCUACCGAUUCCUUCUUUCGUCGUAUUACUGUACUUUCCAGUUUCUAG